AUGGAUCCACCGUUUCCUGGCGAAGGACAACCCUCCAGCUACACGAAUAAUCUCCCCGGUCACGAGCAGCAAUCAACUUGCGUGCCAGAGCUCACCGGUAUGGAGUCAUACUAUGCCCUCUCUUCGGAUCCUCAAGAUCAAGCAUCUCAUCUAUCAUCAACCUGUCCCCUUCCUCUGGGCCCGGUCCUGCCACAGCACCAAGAGAACCAGCAACAGAGGUCACAUCCGACUCAUGAUGCGAAUCCGUACGCCUCCGUCAUCCCAGGUUUUCACUAUCCACCUCGAAGCCAUCACCAAGGCUGGCCUUCACCUCCACCAGGACCUGAUGAUUAUGAUAACUACUCAUACCAAAGUUCUCCAAGCAGUGGCAGUGCCCCGAUGAGCUGCUACAACCCUUCACCAAUCUCGCCAAGGACUUGGUCCUCUCCAGACUUUCCUCUGCAUCAGCCAGAAACCCUCCAGAGCCAACAGAACUCAUUCAAGAACCUUCGAAUUUGCACUCCAACAUCAAACGAAGGAUACCCCGUCAGAGGCCAUCGAGUUCUGACGCCUUUUGCAGGCGGCUCCAUGAGUCAAAGCUUUGAGAGUGAGAAUGACGGCCUGCCACACAACUACUCCCCAGCGACAAUCCCCAGCUCAUCAGCCGGAGCGCUAUCUUGCACCAGCUCCCCACAAGAUCACUUGCUCGGCACUCCUGUGCAUAUGAAAACUCGCCAGGACUCGCCUGCUGGCGAGCCGGAGUACCGUGCGAGCCCAGAAGUGAAGAGGGAAGCUCCAGAGCUUAAAGAUGUCGCGGUGAAUGCCAAGACAGAGGAACCAUACGCCAAGCUCCUUUACCGAGCUCUCAUGAGCGCUCCAGACUAUGCCAUGACACUCCAAGAGAUCUACCAGUGGUUUCGCGAGAACACCGACAAGGACAUCAAGAAAGACAGGGCAGUGAGGAGGCCAGGCAAGAAUGCUGAAGGUUGGCAAAACAGCAUCCGCCACAAUCUGAGCAUGAAUAAGGCUUUCGUCAAACGAGAACACCACAAGCAGUCUUCGGACCCGGCAUCAAACGCGACUGACCAGGGCUCAACCAAAGGUGGCGAUUCGAAGAAGCCGACAGAAUGGGUGCUUCAAGAUUGGGCUGUGAAGAAUGGAGUCGAAAGCACAACAAAAUACCGUCAAAAAGAACCACCACGACGAGCCAUGGGAGCUAGAAUUCAUCAUCACCCGUAUGACCACAGACUCCAACAUGGCAGUCCCAUUUCAAUCAAGGGCUCAUCUGGCCGAAAGGGAGAUGGUUCGGCGAACAAGCUGAGUCUGCGUGGACGCCAUUACACUCAUGAGACGAACAUGCCACCAACGUCCCACCACAUGAUGGCUCACCCUCAUCCCAUUCGACGCACGACGAUGCCAAGUAUGUAUCAAUCGCAGCCGCAGUCACAACAGGGCUACGAAGAUAUGAUGAUCCCUCGGAUGCCACAAACGGUCGUCAAACAGGAGUACUCUCCAAUGACACCCGACUCGAAUGCGUUUGGUUUCAUGCUGCCAGAGCCGAGCCUAAUACACGCGCAUGCAGCCAAUUCCAGCUCUAGCGCGAGCACCCAUGGCACUACCGCGUAUGCGCUCCCUAGUGGCGCUCAGAGCAUGUUCCUUGGUUCAUCUCCGUGCGAAUAUCCGUAUGGUAUGGUAGACGUCACGGGCGUCUAUCAAGGCGGUGGUCACAAUGCUGCUAGCGUCGGAGUCAACGAACGCCUCAUGGGGAUCAGUCCUAGUCCAGUCUACAAUUGGAACGGCCAGGGACUCUAA